UUUCUCUCUACAGCCCUUAUCUAAGACUAAGCUCUCUCUUCCGCUUCAUUGUUUUAAUUUCAAUAACCCAAAACAACAUUUCUCAAUUUGUCAUGCAAUGGAAGGCACCCUCUUCCCUAACAAACCAGUUUAUCCUAUCCCAACAAACAGACCACCACAACCAAACCCACCUCUCAAAUUCAGCUCAGCCAAACUGCCACCGCCUCCUCCGCCGUCUUCCUCCCGUCUGUCGUUACAUUUCGACUCGCUUCUUCAACACCUCCACCAUCUCUCUUACUCACCCAACCGCACUACCCAUAAACUGAACAACCCAAAAUUAUCUUCUCUUCAAAUUUCUGAUGAUUCGAAUCAGAAACAGCCCCAACAAGCUUAUAAAAGAAAACCCAUUUCAGUCAGUGACUUUGAUGUCGACAAAGAAGAGGAUGUAUCAUAUAGUGUGUCUCUUGAAUAUUUGUCAAGGAAUGGUAAGCUGAUGCUUGAUUCAAUUAUCGAACAGCCUUUACAUAGUUUAAGUUCUUUCUUUGAUUCCUGCAAAUAUGAGCUGCUUCAAGCUGAUUUGAUUAGCCUGUUAAAAGCAUUAGAUUAUUCUGGCAAUUGGGAAAGAGCUCUUUCUUUGUUUGAAUGGACAAUUUUGAAUUUAGGAACUAAAAAUGACAAAUUAGGGUGCCAAGCUAUUGAUCUAAUGGCCAGGAUUCUUGGUAGAGAGUCACAGCAUUCUAUUGCAUCUAAGCUGUUUGAUAAAAUUCCCCUUAAUGAGUACUUGCUCGAUGUUCGAGCCUACACAACUAUUCUUCAUGCUUAUUCUCGUACUGGGAAAUAUAAGAGAGCGAUUGAAAUAUUUGAGAGAAUGAUCGAGUCAGGCGUGGCGCCAACUUUGGUAACUUACAAUGUCAUGCUGGAUGUUUAUGGGAAAAUGGGUCAGUCUUGGGACAGGAUUUUAGGCCUAUUAGAUGAGAUGAGAAAUAAAGGGCUUGAGUUUGAUGAAUUUACUUGCAGUACUGUUAUAUCUGCAUGUGGAAGAGAGGGUUUGCUAAAUGAAGCCAAAGGCUUCUUUGCUGGAUUGAAGUCUCAUGGCUAUGUACCUGGGACUGUUACUUACAAUGCUUUACUGCAAGUUUUUGGGAAAGCAGGGGAUUACUCGGAGGUGUUGAGCAUUUUGAAAGAAAUGGAGGAUAAUGGUUGUCCACCUGAUGCUGUAACUUAUAACGAGAUUGUCGCAGCUUACGUGAGGGCAGGGUUCUAUGAGGAAGGAGCUGCUGUUAUAGAUGCAAUGGCUUGUAAGGGAAUCAUGCCCAAUGCUAUUACGUACACUACUUUAAUAAAUGCUUAUGGAAGAGCAGGAGAGGUGGACAAGGCUUUAUGGUUGUUUGAUCAGAUGAAAGAGUUGGGCUGUGUUCCUAAUGUCUGUACUUAUAAUACUGUCCUCGGAAUGCUAGGCAAGAAGUCUCGAUCAAAGGAGAUGAUGAAGAUACUGUCUGAUAUGAAAUUAAAUGGAUGUUCUCCUAACCGUAUUACGUGGAACACAAUGCUUGCCAUGUGUGGUGAUGAGGGUAUGCACAAAUAUGUGAAUCGGAUUUUUCAGGAAAUGAAAAGUUGUGGGUUUGAGCCUGGUAGAGACACAUUUAACACUUUGAUUAGUGCAUAUGGGCGAUGUGGUUCAGAUAUUGAUGCUGCAAAAGUGUAUGACGAGAUGAUAAAAGCAGGGUUUACUCCAUGUGUUACCACGUAUAAUGCUCUUCUGAAUGCUCUAGCUCGACGAGGGGAUUGGAAAGCAGCAGAAUCAGUCAUCCAAGACAUGAGGAAUAAGGGCUUUAAACCCAGUGAGACCUCAUACUCACUGAUGCUUCAUUCUUAUGCAAAGGGAGGGAAUGUGAAAGGUAUAGAAAGGAUCGAGAAAGAUAUUUAUGAUGGCCAUAUCUUUCCGAGCUGGAUGCUUUUGAGAACCCUUGUUCUUGCAAACUUCAAGUGUAGAUCACUAAAGGGUGCGGAAAGGGCAUUUCAGGCAUUGCAAAAACACGGAUACAAACCUGAUUUAGUUCUAUUUAAUACAAUGGUUUCAAUUUUUGCCAAGAACAAUAUGUAUGACCGAGCUCAUGAAAUUUUGAAUUUGAUUCUUGAGAAUGGGUUGCAGCCAGAUGUCGUCACAUACAAUAGCUUGAUGGACAUGUAUGCAAGAGGGGGAGACUGCUGGAAAGCAGAAGAGGUGCUGAGGAUGCUACUAGUGUCUGGGGGGAAACCGGACCUCGUUUCAUAUAACACUGUCAUCAAAGGUUUUUGUAGACGAGGACUCAUGCAGGAGGCUAUAAGAAUUCUAUCCGAGAUGACAUCUAUUGGAAUUGGACCAUGCAUUUUUACGUACAAUACUUUUAUCACUGGCUAUGCAGCGCAGGGAUUGUUUUCAGAAAUAAAUGACGUCAUUAGCUACAUGAUUGAGCACAAAUGCAGACCAAAUGAACUAACCUACAAGAUUGUGGUGGAUGGUUAUUGUAAAGCAAAAAAAUAUAAUGAAGCUAUGGAGUUUGUUUCAAAAAUUAAGGAUAUCGAUGGCUCUUUUGAUGAUCGAUCAGUUAAAAGACUUGCUUCCCGAGUUCACAGUAAUUUGGAAUCACUAUGACGAUUCUUGACUUUGUGAAGUAUCAAAACCUUGAUGUUCAGUUCUUGGCGAGCAUUAGGUACACAUUUCUGAACAAGAGAACAAAAGUGUGAAUUUCUUUCUAAUUUUCUUCAGGUAAGCUUCACUGUCUAUACGAUAGCAACUUUGUUUAGAUAUGGUCUGUAUAAGGAAUUUUAGCCCUAAACACAUGCUUAUUUUCUUGUCCAAGAAAUGGUGCCUACUGCCUUCUACAAUUCAUGCCAUCACUUUUUGGAAUGGCUGUUAAUUAGAACGAGCAAGAUCAGAAUGAUUGUGAUAUUCUCUUCUUAUGUUCUUUGUUCUCUAAUUUAUCAUUUGCUAUAUUAUUAAAAAAGAAAUUCAUUUUAAUUA